GUUGGAGAGUCGCAUGUCAACAGACAUCGGAGCGAUCAUGCAGCUGCUGCAGAGACAGAUGGCUCUGGUUCCUCCUGCUUACAGCGCUGUCUCCACACCACCUCAGGCCUCGCCUUACCCUGGUCCCAGUCCAGAACCAGGUCCAGGAGAAAGGCUGGUUCAGCCAGGUACACCACUGGAGACAGACACUCUGGCUUCUUUAUCACAGAUCUUGGAUUCCCAGGACUUUGAGGAGUGCCCGGUCAAGGCUGUCGACUCUCUACAGGCCCAGGAAUCAUCUCUGAUCAACUCAAGCCAGGGUCAGCUCGCUCCCACCAGACUCGACAGCCUGGGGCAGCAUCUGGAGCUGGAGCUGGGCCUGGGGACUGGGGCUGCACUAGUUUCAGGCCCAGCAACAGGCUCAGGUUUGGAUUUGGAGUUAGGCAGCGGGGCGGCGGUGGGCUCAAGCUUAGGAGCAGCGUUAGACUUUGACUCAGAGAUGUGUGUCGUGGCCGGGAUUGAGCUGGCGACUGGUUCAGGAGCGUCUCCUCUGGAUCCUGAAACUCGAAGGAGGCUGUCCCUCCAAGAACCGCAGACGCCACUGGACUCAAGGACACCACAGAGACACAGCUCAGACCCCGGGGGGAGCUAA